AUGAGCAAAAGGACACAAUUGAAUACAUACCAGGUGUGAGGGUUAUAGAGCAAAAGGACUUGCCAUCAUAUCUUCAACAAACUAAUACGGAGGGGCAACAAUUCUUAGAUAAGGCAUUUAAGGAAGUCAAAAAAGCAGAUUUCAUACUUUGCAACACAGUCCAAGAGCUUGAAUCACAUUCCAUUUUUGUCCUUCAAGAGAAAAAAUCCAUAUAUGCAAUUGGUCCCCUACUUAAUUUUCCAAAUGGGUUCACUAAGAGAAAUAUUGUUCCCACAAGCAUGAGGACUGAGUUUGACUGCAGCCAAUGGCUCAACACAAAGCCUCAAGGUUCAGUUUUGUACAUCUCGUUUGGUAGCUCCAUUCCUUCUCAAAAGAGUGACAUUGAAGAAAUAGCACAUGGGCUUGUGAAAAGUGGGGUGAACUUCAUAUGGGUUCUUCGUCAUGAUUGUGUGAGUUUUGAAGAGCCUUAUUUUUUGCCAAUUGGGAUUCAAGAUGAGAUCAAAGGUAAGGGUUUGGUCGUGACGUGGACCAAUCAGAUUGAGAUUAUGUCACAUCCUUCAAUAGGAGGGUUCUUAACACAUUGUGGAUGGAAUUCGAUAAUCGAAAGUCUACAAUGUUCCGGUGUUCCUCUUUUGUGUUUUCCGCUAAGGGGAGAUCAGUUCACCAAUAGGAAGAUAGUGGUCGAUGAUUGGGGGAUUGGAAUAAACCUAUGUGAUAGUAAGCCGUUGACUAGGGUGGAAGUAGCAGCAAAAAUCAACCGUUUGAUGCUUGGAAAAUCAGCUAACAAGUUGAAGAAAGAGGUAAUUAAGGUGAGGCAGAUGGUAUUGAAUGCCUUGCCGAUAAAUGGUUCAUCAGAGAAAAGUUUAUCCAAUUUUAUUAUUGACGUGAAGGCCAAAAUUAAUGGACGAAUUGCCGAUGAUCAAUAGGACGAAUUGCCGAUGAUCAAUAGGUCAAAUGAGAUGGAACAGGGUAGCAUAGGAUUGAGUUUAUGAGGGCAUGUGUUUAAAAAAAUAAUGGACAAAUUUGACAAAUCCUCUUAAAGCUCUUUUCU